AAUAAUGUAACAGUACCUACGAUCUAGGUAUAGCAUAGUGUAUAGUGUUGUUUGCGUUAACACUUGUUAUGUUAAGGGCAAUGCUACAAUCUUUAUGCACCGGCUCAUGCUUUAUAUGGAAAUUCUUGUGUUCAGUAAAUAAAAAAAAAAAAUAAAUAAAUAAAUAAAAAGAGAAAAACUGCAGUUUUCACGGUUGAGCUCCUGACAACAUUACCCAUGAUUUAUGAAUCUUUCGGGGAAUUCAAUAAUAAGUGAAAUAAAUAUUUACGGAAACAGACGACAGUUUAUGUACCCACUGCAUAUAGGCAUUCCUAGCACUCAUCAAGGUUAGACCGUCGAUUAAGAACUUCAAAGCGAUAUUCUAUUUUCUUCUUCACACAUACGCACGGCAGAGAGAAGUACAUUAAAAAAUUUGCAUAGAUUUUGAAGGUGCCGGGGAAGCAAACUGUUCGUUAAGCCGAUUUCGUUAUGUUGCGGAGCGCAUUGAUGAUCAAAAUCAACGUCAUCGUUGUUAUCAAUAUCAAAAGUUAAUUUCAAUAUCUUACUACUGAUGAAAUAUGGAUGUAGCACAGAUUUUAUGCUUUUGUAUUUUAAUGCUCUUAGCCAGUAUACAUGUUGUUUCUGCAGUUAGCUGGGAAGAGUGGUGGACGUAUGAUGGCAUUUCCGGACCUGCUUUUUGGGGACUUAUCAAUCCAGAAUGGUCACUAUGUAAUAAAGGGCGACGACAAUCUCCCGUUAACUUGGAACCUCAGCGUUUACUUUUCGAUCCUAAUUUACGACAGUUACACAUAGAUAAACAUAGAAUAAGUGGCUUGAUAGCGAAUACCGGUCAUAGUGUUAUAUUCACAGCUGGAAAUGAUACAGUCGCCAAUUAUGAUGGCAUGCAGACACCGGUAAAUAUAACCGGAGGUCCAUUUUCCUAUAGAUAUAGAUUCCAUGAAAUACACAUUCAUUACGGGCUACACGAUCAAUUUGGCUCCGAGCACAGUGUCGACGGUUAUACAUUUCCCGCAGAGAUACAGAUAUUUGGCUAUAAUUCUCAAUUAUAUAACAACUUUUCGGAUGCUCUGAACAGAGCCCAAGGCAUUGUGGGUGUUUCUAUAUUAUUACAGUUGGGAGAUUUAUCAAACGCUGAGCUGCGUAUGCUUACCGAUCAGCUGGAACGCAUACGUUACGGUGGUGAUGAGGCAUUUGUGAAACGCUUAUCAAUACGUGGUCUUUUGCCCGACACCGAUCACUACAUGACUUAUGAUGGUUCCACAACAGCUCCAGCCUGCCACGAAACAGUCACAUGGGUGGUAUUAAAUAAACCUAUUUACAUAACAAAGCAGCAGUUAUACGCUUUACGUCGUCUUAUGCAAGGCAGUCCAGAUCAUCCAAAAGCUCCGUUAGGCAAUAAUUAUCGACCGCCGCAACCCUUAUUACAUCGACCCAUACGUACCAAUAUUGAUUUUAAAACUCCGAAAAUUAAUGGUAAAUCCGCUUGUCCAACAAUGUACCGUGAGGUCUACUAUAAAGCAACUAGUUGGAAACAGCAUUGAAUUUUACGAAUGCUAUAUAAUAUGAAGGGAAGAAUGGAAAGACAUCAACAUCAAUCAUAAUAAUAUUAACGACAACAACAGCAACAACAACAACAAUCAAAUGGAUUUUGAAAACAUUCCCGUAAAGUUUUGCGUGUAACAGGAGCUUCCACUAAAUGUAAAGUAAAUAACACAUAUAUACA